CGCUAUCACCGCUGGAAUCCUCUGAAAUCCUCCCCGGAAAACCACGACAACCGUCAUUCUCUGGCAAUUUCGGCGACUUCUGGCCACCCAAAUUCAAAACCAUAACUGGUCUCAAUUUUCUCUCAUCUGGACGAAGCUCCAAUGAGCCUCUCCUAGAAGUUUUUGUGCAUUUUUUUGACUCCCUCACCCUCUCCCCACCUUCCCCUCGAUCCUACUUGAGUCUCCAGGUUUUUUUUUUUUUACCUUCACCUUGUCAAUUUUGGAGAAUCGGAUUAGGGUUGUAGGUGAGGGGAAUUUUGUGAUAUAGUAAAUGAAUGUUGAAAUUGGGCUAGGAGUUAGUUGAUUAAUGUUAUUUGAAUGAUGAAUGAAGUGGUUAUGAGCUUAAUUGUUCCUUGGUGUACACGAAUUGGGUAGGACCAUAGUGGGAUCCUAAGUGUGGGGGAAUUCCUUUUCUCCCUGUAUGGUGUAUGGGUUUAAUAUUUUUGCAGGAUGGCGGAUACCUCUAACCAGUACAUUAGCUACUUGGUGAAUCAACAUAAGUACGAGAAUAGAUUCGAAGAGUGAAGGAACAAUGAUGCAAAACCGCAUUAGUUCUUGGACCUGGACAUGUUCACCAUGUUCAGGUGCCCAACGUCGUGUCUAGGGUGCUCAUCCAUCCCUAGUGGCGGAGUCCUUUAUCCAUGGAUGAGCUCAUCUAUAGAGAGCCCUUUGUGGAGUUCUACUCCACCUUCAUCCACGAGAAUCCCACCAGCAGAAGGAACAUGCCAUAUGUGGAGUUUAUGUUGGGAGGUCAGCAUCGCGUGCUGAUCUAUAACGAGUUUCCUUAGGCCAUGGGCCUCGACACCACCACCAUGACAAUGACAGCACGGGAGUACACUAGAGACUUCCAUUACCAGGAGGCCUACAGUGCUAUCUAUCGGCCAAAGCAUCGAGACCACCAUUUUCGGGCCUCCAACACCAAUGUUGUGAAGUUCCGGACACCAUGGAGGAUCUUGCAUACGCUCCUCACCCAAUCGGUGAUCCCCGGUCUUCAUUCAGGGCACAUGGUCACCAACAGAGGGUUGAUUUCCCUCCAUUCAUUGAUUCGACCCACAUCACCACUUCAUCUGGGAUCAGUGGUUGCUACCACCUUCUCGAGGGUGAUGGGUCGCGACCGAGUAGACACGAUGCACUUGGGGGCAUCAUCACGAGGAUUGCAUGCCAUUUGGGUCAACACCACGGGCUACACCAUCAUCAGCCAGGCUUCUUCUUUUCUUUGGUUCGUCACUUUCUCACUCUAGAAAUCCAAAGAAGAACAAGUUUCUCACUUAGGUCUCCCUCGUUUUACCUUCAGCUCAAACGCCUUUUUAUACCGAGGUCGGGUUCACAUCACGGUCCUAGUUCAUGGCGGUGAACUCAAGGCGUGGACCAUGAUCCCAGGCCAAAACGCGUCGCAUCAAUAAUCUAGUUCACGGUCUACGGCUUGGGUUCACGGUUUUACGACCGUGAACUGGCUUGACUCUAGUGAAAGCAAAAAUGUCCUUGGACGCUUGGCGGUUCACGGUUUGUGGCUCCAGCUAAUGGUCGCCCUGACCAUAAACUAGCAGCUUCCACCUUGAUCUGCUACUACCUCCAUCCUUUGACCCGAUUUUUCGCCUUUUCAUCCAACUUUCGACUCCGGGGUUGGUUCCACCUGCUAUAGACUGAAAUGCAUAUAAUCGAGACAAAACCCAGCGUAAAACCAAACCUCCCGGAGUAAAAAUGCCUCAAAUGA